CAGCGCCUCCCUCGACAACUGAAAACUUGCGUGAGAGAAAAGUUUUUUUUUACAUUAUGGAUGCAUUCUUUCAAGAAAACAGAGAUUCUUACAUUAAUCAGGUCGCUGCUUUCAAACCUUCUCGUGAUCAUUCCAAGGAUGAUGGCGGCGAGUCAGGAGGAGAUACACUAAUUGCCGCACGCGUGCGGCCGUUGCUCCCAAAGGAGAUUGAAGAGAACGAAGUUUUAGGUAUCAGGGUACGGCCUGAAUCAGGAUUUGCAGAUGUCCAUGAAUUACGGCGCAAGGUCAAUGGACAGUCAGCAUUAAGUUCUUCCAGUUUUCGACUUGACAAGGUCUAUGGUCCGAAUCAGACAUCGAAGGAUGUCUACAAUGGCCUUGUCGCACCGUUGGUUCCAUGGGCAUGGGGAGGCGGCAUUAGUACUCUGUUUGCCUACGGGCAGACAGGAUCUGGAAAGACGUACAGCGUGAGCGAGCUGGAGAGAUUGGCUGCUGCAGAACUUAUGCGUGGAAACCUUGAAGGAAACCGUGAUGUUUACAUUUGCGCGUUUGAGCUUGUCGGGAAGGAAGCUUUUGACCUCCUGAACGAUCGCCGGAAGAUAGUUGUUAUGGAAGAUGCCUUUGGCGAAUCCCAGCUCGUAGCUGCUGUCGAGGAAAAGCCAACCACCGCAGAAGAACUUAUUUCGCAUAUCGAGCGCAGCAUGUCAUUUCGGAAGAGCGCACCCACUUCUAAAAACGAUAGCUCGUCUCGCUCUCACGCGGUCUGCCGUAUUAGGAUCGUCAAUAAAGAUGUUGUUGACGCUCCAGAUGGCCUGCUCUUCCUCGUCGAUCUGGCUGGUAGCGAGGUGGACAGGGAUACAAAGGAGCAUAACAAAGACCGAAUGAAGGAGACUCGUGAUAUCAACGUGUCUCUUUCAACACUCAAGGAUUGUAUCCGGGGAAGAGCCAUGUGGAAUAUGACGGAUGGUGUUGCCACAAACAAGAGAGCGAUGAAUGUUCAUGUUCCAUUUCGGAGCAGCGUUCUUACAAAGGUGUUGAAGCAUGUCUUCGAUUUGAAGGGCGACCGAUACUGUAGGACAGCUGUGUUGGCAUGCGUCAAGGCUAAUGCAGCAGACGCUGGACCAAGUAAGAAUACACUGCGAUAUGCCGAGUUACUUCGAGUAGCCGUUCCGAAGGCCAAGCCUGCGCCAUACAAUAUCAACAUACCGAGUACCUGGUCUCAUCAAUCUCUGACGGAAUGGAUUGAGAAAAACUCUGGGAGCCCGGCGGUCUCCUCCUCCAUUCUCGCCCCAACGGAAAAUGGGGUUCAGCUUUGCAAGCUUCCAAAAGGAGAGUUCGUCUCUCGCUGUCUCAAGACUCCAAACAUCUCCCCCGAGCACGCCCGCGCCUUCUAUGACAAGCUCUGGCGAUUACACAUAGACUCGCGCACAGCCAGAAGCGCUGCUCCAUCCGAAGUCAGCUCUGCCAUAGCGUCAGAAGACGAGGCGUCUCAAAAGCCAACGGCACCCUUUCAGGAACGCCUCCAAACCGGAAUGAUUGUGCGUGUCAAACGGCGAUGGAAGGCAGAUUCACUCCAACAUGCCAUGAUUCUCUGUCCUGAGGGGGCAUUUGAGAACGACCCGGAGACGAGACAGGAGAGUAUGGGCAAGAAGAGGUAUAUUUGCGCUCAGAUUUUUGGGGCUGUCAUGGCGGAUGCGUAUAAUCUGUCAAUGGAGUCGAAGAAGGUCAUUGCGGUGGAAGAUAUGGAGGCGGAGGUCUCCAUGGAAUGGGAUGCACCGACUCGGUAUUGGUUCAUGACGAUUUAGGGAAUGCAAAAGGGAGAAUAGAGUAGAAACAGUCGCAAAUCUCGUUAGAAGUCUGAGUAGGUUAAUACACGAAACCCUUCUUCCUAGAUGAUAGAGCUAUUGAGCGACUCAGCGAGUGCGUGCCGAUGGCUGAGGGGAAGGCAAGGGGUGUAGCGAGGACAUCUUGAGAGCAGGAGUUGUCUGCUGGUAGAGGUUGGUGGUUGCAUAUGCCCUGUUAUGCGUAUCCUUGCUGCUGGAGGGACUUCGACUUGGGGGUGUGUUGCACGAGCCGCACUGCCAUCUUGCCGGUAAUCAAGAUGAAAUUUGGCGUCAAAGAAGUAUCAGCAAUUGAUAACGAAAAACAAUGACGAGCGAAGAAGUCACUGAGAGCUUCACCUCGAAGCG